CAUGGACUGAGCAGUGGUGAGCCCUGCCUCCAGCAGAGGGCUUGUGAGAGCAUGCGCAGAUCCACAGAGGGAACCCUUGCUUCUCCUGUCACAACGUUGAGGGGCAAACCGACUGCCGUGUGGACAAGGACUUGGGGACACAUCGGCCGAAGACGUAGAAUGUGAUUAUCAUGGAAGCUGGACGGCCGGGUCCUCGGUAGUGUGGGCAGGGUGCGGACACCCAAGGAUUCUAUCCAGCUUCUAAUGAUGCAGGGAGAAGAAAGGAAGAGAAGGAAACUAAGUAUGAACUCCAAAGGCGCUUCAGAUGAAUACUGUCUGAGAGAGAGACCAAGAGAAGACGAGGCAAAGAUGAAGAAUAAAAUGUCUAGUUCGCAUGUUAAUAGCAAGAGGAAGCUGUGGUCGUGGGAUCGGUACCUGGAGGAGGAGAAGGCCAUUGCUGCCCCAGCAAGACUGUUCACAGAGUGUCAGUCCAUUCCUAAUAACAGGAACGGGUAUAAACAGGGGAUGCUGCUGGAGGGAAUCGACCCUCUCCAUCCCUCCAUGUUCUGCGUGCUGUCUGUGGCCGAGGUGAUUGGCUAUCGGAUGCGGCUACAUGUUGAGGGAUACUCGGAGUGCUAUGACUUCUGGAUAAAUGCAGAUUCUCCAAACAUAAGGCCUGCUGGGUGGUGCGAGAUGUCGGGACACAAGCUACACCCUCCGAAAGGUUAUAAAGAGCAUGAGUUUAACUGGGCGAAGUACCAAGAGGCUUGCAAUGCUCAAACUGCACCAAAGAAUCUGUUCAAAACCCAAAAUAGCACGGCAACAAACACAAAAUUUCAAGUGGGCAUGAAGUUGGAGGCGGUCGACCGGAAGAAUCCCUGCCUGGUGUGUGUGGCAACUGUUGCCGACAUCGUAGACAACCGUUUCCUGGUGCACUUCGACAACUGGGACGACACGUACGACUACUGGUGUGAUGCCACCAGUCCACACAUUCACCCCGUGGGAUGGUGUCAGGACCAUGGGCGACCUCUCACAGCACCUCAGGGACACCCCAAUCCAGAAAAUUUUCUGUGGGAGGAAUACUUGGAAGACACUGGCUCUUCUGUGGUUCCGAGCCAGGCCUUUUGUAUGAGGCCACCACACAGGUUCCAGCUGAACAUGAAGCUGGAGGCGGUGGACAGACGGAACCCCAUGCUGAUACGGGCGGCCACCAUUGUCGACACGGAGGACUACCGCGUCAAGAUCCACUUUGACGGCUGGCAUGAGAAGUUUGAUUUCUGGGUGGACUCGGACCUCCCAGACCUACACCCUUCCGGCUGGUGCAACCGAACGGGCCAUCCUCUGGAACCACCCCCAAGAUACUCAGACCUCAAGAACACUGCAGCCCCAGGAACGUGCCCGACUCCAGGAUGUCGGGGAGUCGGCCACAUCAAAGGCGCCAGAUACACAGGACACCACAGUGCCUUCGGCUGUCCCUACUCGGAGAUGAACAUGAAGAAAGAGGUGGCGCUCCCAGACCGGCUCGGGGGCGAGAAGCAGAUCACCUUCGUCCCCGUGCACUUCGUGCAGAAGACCCGGCGACUCAGCGCCGGGGAAGAAGGCCAAAAGCCCGAGGACUCUCACGUGGAAACAAGAGCCAUGUUGUCGGGUUACGAGGGCGCGAGCCGUCUGAGGGGGCGAUACGCCUCGAACCCACGACCUCCCAGAUACACGCUGAUGAAGAGGGAGCACAGGGAUGAACCUUACACUCAGGAACAGAAACCUCCCGCCCCCCACGGGAAGAGGGGUCGGCCCCCGGGCAGGCUUUCUCAAACGAAGUAUCUAAAAAUCAAAGAAGAGGAGGAGGAGAUUGAUCUACACAGUGUCCUUAGAGCCGAGCGCUGUGUGGACAGCAUGCAGCAGGCCCUGCACCAGUCCGUCUUCUUGUCGGCCAUGUCUGCUCACCCCAGCCGCGACCUGCCCCUCUGCUGGGAACAACACUGCAAGCUUCUGCCCGGCGUGGAGGGCGUCCAGGCCAGCCGCGUAGCGCACUGGACCGUCGAAGAGGUGGCUGGUUUCAUCCAUUCUCUGCCUGGCUGUGAGGAACAAGCCAAACAGUUCAAAGAAGAGCAAAUAGAUGGAAAGGCAUUUCUGCUCCUGACUCAACGCGACAUUGUAAAGAUAAUGAGUGUGAAACUGGGCCCAGCUCUGAAGAUCUACAACUCCAUCCUGAUGUUCAAACAUGCAGAAGACAACCAAUCAGCAAGCAGCGACACCAACACAUGAAGCCAACCAAAACCAACCCUUACCUUUUCUAUCUAUAUACAUAUACAGAUGUAUCUGUGCAUUCCAGGAGCUUUGGUAUAGAGUUACACAGGGAGAAUUUGGCUGGGAAAACCUAGUCUGUCUUGGACUUUGGGAUUUUGGUUUUAGUCACUCUCGUCACUCUUCUUACGUGGGCUCCCCUGAUUCUUUCUCUAGAAAAAUGCUCAAAACAUUGUUGCAUUGGUCUCUGUUUUACAUCACGAUGCAUCGACAAUAUGCUGGUAUAUAUUCAUUCUACAACUCUGUAAUUUUCUACAGUACAGUACAGGACUGACAAUCACAAUGUGACAGUUCAGCUGUCAUCUGCUUGGUCAUCAAGGUGCUAUCUGUAUUCAAAAUACAAGCGUUUAAGAAUUAUACAGGGGUUUGUUUCUGAUAUGUCUGUUUUUGGCGGCUGGCUUUAAAUUUUGACAUACCCAAUGUUUUGUUUUCUUAUUUAAUUUGAUUCUGUUUUCUAUAAGUGCUUUAUAAUUUCACUGGACCUACUGAUUCACUCCUAUUUAUUAUGAGAUACUCACAAAUUUAGAAGCAUUUCUAGGACGUUAAUAAUAUGUAUAUACAAGAUUCUGGAAUACCAAAUGGGUUUAUGUUUAAAUUUAUGUAAUUUAUUUUACACUAUAUUAUAUCUAAAAAAGUAUUUAAUUUUUUAAUGGGUAGCUAGAAAUUCCUAUUGCUCAGUUUCUUUGAAGAAAUUCCAAAUCAAAUCUAAAUGUAGUAGUUGAAGCAUAUUAUUCGGUCUUGAAAUUUUUAUAGCUGAUGUUAUGUGAAUAGGCCAUUAUCCUAUUAUUUUAGUAAAUGCCAAACCUGUCUCUCCAAACCUGGAACAUUAAGUCGGCAACCACUCUGUUCAUUUGUUUAAGAACUGUGUUAACCAGUAAAGCAUUUUUCUUAAUUUUUUUGAAAACCAUUGAAAACAAAACAUGUUUAAGUAUGUAAUUAAAAUCUAUAUUUGCUAGAAAUGGUACAUUUUAAUGCAACAUCAGAAGUUUAAAAUUCUGUGUAUGUCAAUGAGCAGAAGAAAUAUUAUGGCCAAACCUUAACACCAGAGAAUCUUCAGGAAUGCGAAUCUGCUCAGUGUCAUUGUGCAUUUUUCUCUGGGGCCUGUUGUAAUCCAAAGUUUUUAGGGCUAAGAUACAUUUUGCUUCUUUUUUCUGUCUUAAAAAGAGAGUGCUCUUUUUACUCCAGUGCAAGGAAUGUACCAGAACAGGCAUGCCCCUGAUUCUUUCUUAAAAAUUGUCGGUCUUUAACUAAAUUGUACUUUGCAUAUUUGUAAGCCUGGUUUCCAACUUGUGAAUUCACUCUUUAUACAGUUCAGAUCACAUCAGUAACCUCUUAUUUCAGAAUAAAAUUCAAAAUACAUCUUUAUCAA